AUGGAUACAUCCGUGUUCGCUCGCAUAUACGCUAAACUCCAGAAGGUAAUCCGUUCAGCCAAUGCCAUGAAUGUCGCUACCGGAAUAGCUAUUCUUUGGGCCCUGUACAUAUCCUUCCGCAUAGCCCGAAACAAACUGAAAACAACCAGACUUCGAGGACCGCCCAGGAAAAAUCUGAUAUUCGGUUGGGCAAAGGAUCUACUCUACACAGAGGAUGCUGCGUCCAUGUACAAGGUGUGGGCCGGUGAGUAUGGUGUCGUUUAUGAGGUUCCUACUACUCUCGGCGGGAGCAAGAUCAUGCUGUGUGACCCCAGGGCCCUCGCCCACUUCUACAGCAAGGAAUCCUGGACGUACAUACCCAUAGACUUCGCAUUGCACUUCAUGAGAAAAAAUUUUGGAAAUGCAAUAUUGUGUGCACAACGCGAGGACCACAAACGGCAGCGCAAGUCCUUGACACCAGCGUUCAGCCACGCCGCCAUCUGUAAACUGCUUCCUGUGUUUCACAAUUCUGCACAUAAGGUCAAGGCUGCAUGGGAGUCCUCGAUCGAUGCCAAUGAUAGUCACAGUGCUGUAAUUGACGCUCAGAAUUGGCUCGAUACCAUUGGGCUCGCAGGUUUCUCCCAUGAUUUCGGUUCGCUGGACGGAAAGACAACCCGCGUGGUAGAGGUAUUCGAUACCUUUGCAGGAUCGACCAUGAAUUUUCCCGUCAUCCUUCUUGCCCAAGUGUUCCAUCUGCUGCUAUACGUGCCAACUGCGAGGGGUGAUUUGUUUGGUGACAUGAGCCGAACACUGGCGGACAUCUCGAGGAAGUUUUUGGAGAGGUCCAAGGAAGAGAAGGAAGCAGGAAUUGUUGGUGGGAAAGACGACAAGUCUAUCAUCGGAGUGCUGUUGAAAGCCAAAGAUGCAGGUGCUGAUGUCCAAAUGUCCGUUGAAGAAGUCCUUGCUCAGGUAACUACGUCCAUCAGUGGGGCCAAACUGUUGGCUUUUGGUUCCGACCCGACGUAUGACCAACUUACCAACAACCUUCCUUACCUCGAUGCUGUGGUACACGAGACACUCCGUCUACAUCCUCCUCUUGGAGAGUUUCUCCGUCAGGCAACAGAAGACGACGUUAUCCCCCUCUCAGAGCCUGUUCGUGCCAAAUCAGGCCGAGUUGUCAAUAGCAUAUCCGUGACAUGCGGCACUCAAGUUGGAAUAUCUACUGCCUGUAUCAAUCGCUCAGUCGCCAUCUGGGGCGCAGAUGCAAAAGUUUUUCGACCGGAACGUUGGUUGGAAGAAGGCGGGAUACCAAAGAAGGCACAAGAGGUGCAAGGUUAUCGACAUUUGCUGACUUUCGUGGAUGGACCAAGGACAUGCCUGGGAAAAGCAUUCGCAUUGGCCGAAUUUAAGACGGUCAUGGUCGUGUUGGUCAAGAGCUUUGUGUUCGAGAUAAGAGAUGGACCUGACACGCAGAUCGAGAUGGCGAUGGGAUUGUUGCCGAGACCUAGAGUGACCGGAGAAGACGGUACAAAGUUGCCAUUGCGCGUGAACCGGUACGGGGGCUAAUGCAGAUCGGUUUGUGAACCGCACAUAAGAAAGUAUAUGCAGCUUGUAAACCAGUCUGUGUAAAGGUAAGUAGCGAUUAAGAGCAUGCACGACGAUGGUAGGCAUCUACGGCAUUCCAUCGCUCAGAAUAUGAGAGCAAGUUUGCCGUUAUAACGUCCAUACGAGGGGUACUCUGGCAGUACGUACAUAUAACCCACCGGUCGUAGUCAUACCUGUCUUCAUCUUAGACUACAAAGACCAAGCGCAGCGUAUAUUAUGUCGUUAUCUUACCCUUGUCUUCCCCAGGUUUCUGAUCCCCGGGGGUCGAGUCUUUCGGAUGUGAUGAGA